GUAAUACGUAAACCAUAUCCCGAUGCUACCUAUCCUGGCGCAAACCUCUUGAUUAGUGUGUUAGUAACUGUUGCAGGUUUAUGGUUGUCGGAGAGCUCUCGGUAAGGCCUGUCUCUGUCCAAGGAGGCACAGCUGAAUAGCAUGACGGGGCCUCAAUGGCCCUGGCCCUCGAGUGACGACGUGGUACACCACAGAGCACCAAGAGAAAGAAAGACAGUGAUGGGUGUGUUCGGUCAUCACAUUCAGACGGGAUCCUCUGUAGUGAAAUGCCGUUGGACGAGAAAUUGGCCACUGGCCUGACACUAAGGCGCUGUCUACUAACUUCAAGUCGGUUUGGCAAUGACCAUCUAAUGGUAUCCUCCAUGGCCCCCAUGGCCUCCAUGGCCUCCAUGAUCAUCGUGACCACCAUAGCCACCAUGACCUCCAUGAUCAUCGUGGCCACCAUAACCACCGUGACCUCCAUGAUUUUCAUGACCACCGUGACCUCCAUGACCACCGUGACCUCCAUGACCACCGUGACCUCCAUGACCACCGUGACCUCCAUGACCCCCAUAACCACCGUGACCAUGAUCUCCGUGACGUUCUUGGUGGUGAUUGCUGAAACCAUAAGCAUGGUGGGAUGCAUAGUGAUCUUGGCCUCCAACUCUGCCAACUCCAUGAUGUCCGUGGAGUCCAAAACUGAAGCCUUGGAGAUGCGAGCUCCUGUGUUUGUCGGUAAUAGGAUUGGCCUCUACCAAUCCCAAGAGGAGGGCGAUUAUCAGCUGCGGGAAAAAUAAGUGAAAAUGAUGAAUUAGGUUCGCGCUGGUCCAUGGAAAUGGUGUUAUACGACGUCUAGUCUUACCAACGUUCUCAUCUUAAUAUGUUUGGAACUGGCUUUGGAAACUGAAGUCAAACGAAAAACACACAUCAUUUAUAUACUUGCGAGAUUUGGGAAUUGUCAUAUCAUGGUUGCUUUGGAUGUGGAUGAAUCAUAAAAUCGCGUCAUAAUUCCUUCUGUGCCUUCCCGUCUUGAAU